UGGAAGUGAUGAUGGUACAAUAUGUAUUUGGAGAACAAAAGAUUGGGAAUGUUUAAAAAUUUUAAAAGGUCAUAAAGGGCGUGUUAAUUCUGUGGAUAUUCAUCCAUCAGGUAAAAUAGCAUUAUCUGUGUCAAGUGAUAAAACUGUACGAUUAUGGAACUUCUUAACUGGGAGAAAAGCUGCUGCUAAUAAAUUAGGAAGAGAGGGAGAAAUAGUAUUAUGGAGUCCAUCAGGUGAUCAUUACGCCGUUUUAAUGGGUCAAGAAAUAAAAAUAUAUAACACUAUAGAUGGACAAGUUACACAAAAUUUUCAACUUAAAAGCUCUCGCUAUCUUUGCAUACGAUAUUUCGCUCAUGAAACAUUGGGCGAUUUGUUAAUUGCAGGUAGUGAAGAUAAAAUUGUGAGAGUGUAUAAUGUUAAAAAUGGUGAUUGUAUUGCAACUUAUAUGGGUCACAAAAACCGUUCAAUGCCACCAACGUAUUCUACACCUGUAUCCCUUCUAACAUCCAUUUCAUCUGAUGGAGUAAUUAAUGUAUGGAUCUUAGAUGAGAUAUGGUCAAACAAAGAACAAACACCAAAUGUUACAAUUACUACACCCUUAGCAUCUUACGAUACUAAGAGCAGGCUAACUUGUAUUGCAUUAUCACAAACAUUUAAUGACUAA